AUGAGUGUUUUUAAGGAGUUUCAUGCAUUAUCUGCCGAGGACAAGGCAAUCGAAACUUCAAAGGAUCCCAAUAAGAGCUGCUACAUGUAUACAAGCACUCAAAGUUAUGCAACUGGAAAGUUUCACUUCUGGAGGGAUGGAUUGUUACACCAUUGUAAUCCUCUAGAGAAAUACAUCCAAUUUUGGCCUGAAAAACCACCUAAAUAUCGACAAGUUGUUGCGAUAUAUACAGCUGAAUUAAGGAAGGUGGGCUUCAGGAUUUUGGAGUUCAUUUCUCAAGGCUUGCGAGUCAACCCUGAUCAUUUUAAGGGUGAACUCGGUGAAAAUCAAACAAUAGACCCUGUUGUCAUUAAUAUUCUUCUUCAAAAAGAUGUAUAUGGACUGGAAGUCUUCAAUGAUCCUUACGCAUUUGUGGUUACCCUAGGUGUGCUGAUGCAGAUUAUUAGUGAUGGGAAGCUGAAAGCUACUGAACAUCGAGUGGUGAAAAAUUCAAAUUUAGCUUGGACAAUUGCUGCCUUCGCUCUUGAUCCAUUUAAUGAAACACUUAUAGAACCAGCAAAAGCUUUGGUUGAUACAAACAACCCCGCACUUUAUAAGUCCUUAUCAUACAAAGACUUUCUUAUCAAAUACAGAGCUGCUGCCUCCUACAGUACAACAUUUGAGAGCUUUUAA